AUGAAUGAAUAUAAUGUUCAUCUACUUGAUUUUCCUAAUGAAAUAUUAUUCCUUAUUUUGAGCCAACUUAACAAUAUUGACGUUCUUUACUCUUUAUUGGAUAUCGGCAUUCGACGACUUGAUAAUACAGUACAACAUCAAAUGUUCACUAACAUUCUGAAUGUUGUAUCCAUAUCACAAUCAACUGAUGAGGUUUCUUCAAUUUCUUCAACAAUACUCGAUCGAUUUUGUGUUGCAAUAUUACCAAGAAUUCAUGAAAAUGUCAAAUCUCUAAUUGUUGAAUCAGUUUCUAUGGAAUAUACUCUUCGUACUGGUUACUAUCCUAGUCUUACUGAACUUAAAAUUUUUAAUUUCAACAAAGCAAUUGUUUCACGUUAUUUUAUGGGUAAGAUAUUCAUCUUUUCUGAUCAAUUAAGAGACUAG